AGCCAGCACACACUUUCAGGUGGAGUGCAAGAGCUUCUGGUCUGAGGCAGAAGGUCAUAAGAGCUACUCCAUCUCUGAAGCCAUCAUGGAACAGAUCAAUGGAUCUGUCCAGAUGGAGUGUGUGCUGCUCUACACCUUCCUGGAGGCAUCCUCUGACUGCAAGUUCCGAGAGCAGCUGCACUGCCUGCAAAGCCAGGGGGCGAUGCCUUUCCUGACAGGCAGCCCUUACGACGACGAUGUGGAACUGCAGACCGAUGGCAAUCGGGGCGGCCGCAUGCAGAACGGUGAGCCAGUGUUUGACCAUGAGGUAAACGAAGAAGUUAUCCGGAUCAUUGCCGCUCAGCUCGCGGAGAUUGGGGACCGCUUUGAUCAGGAAAUCAAAGCCAGAGUAGUGAACGAUCUCGUGCAGCACUUUGUGAAUGAGAACCUGUCUGGAGAGGAGAUAACCCAGCGCCUGUCAGAGGCAGUGGAGGGGCUGGUGCAAGCCAUGCCCUUGGACAUGGAGCGGGAGAAGGCCAUGCUGGUGUUGGCAAUGGUCUUAACUAAGAAAAUUGCCAAUACGAUGCCCUCCCUCCUACAGCGUGCCUUCAGCACCACUGUGGCCUACAUCAACCAGCAGCUGCACAACUACCUUGCCCGACUGCUGCGUGACUGAGCUCCUACCCUGUGGAGAAUGUGGACUCCUGAAGACUUUCUACUUGGAUAUAUGCAAAUCACUUUUUGUGUUCUUAACUUCUGAGAUAGAGCUGUGAAAGGGAAGUGAGAGCUUCAUAGAUAGGCCUUUGACUAGCACAGCAGUGAUGGUAGUGUGAGCUGCUUGCCAGCUCUGCCAGUACCCCCAAGUAGUGCUUAGCCUUUUUUAAUUUGUUUUCCUUUCCAGUAGCAGACAGUGCAGGGCCUGGCUUGUGUCCCUGGAGGCAGUGCUAUGGGCUCACAGCCUGCCCUCUAUCUCUUUGGGUGUUUUCUUUUCCCUAAUCAGCCCUAGCCUUUUGCUUUUAGUUUUUCUCUUCCCAGUCCUGCUCCUGGUGCUACAGCUGAGCCAUGCUGAGUGUUUACUGCUGCCAGGAAGGCCUCAGACUGUAGAAUGGGUGGUUACAAAGGUGGGAGGGGGGAAAUCAGGUCUGUCAUAAACAGAAGAUGGCAACAAGAGAGAACAAUCCUCUGGGAAGUAGGGGUGAUUAGCCAGGGAAGGCUGACGUACAGAUGCUUCAGUAUCAGUUGCCAUAAACCUGUGCUUCAAAAACAGAUCAAGAAACUGUAAAAAAAGUGUAGACAAAUUCUUUUGGGGACCACAACCUGGAUAUGCUUGAGGAAGAGUUUCAGCUUUAGAAUAUCUUGCUCUAAAGAGGAAGAAGGUAUCAGCCUUGGCUCAGGAGGCAUACCUGGCAUCUCUUACAAGUGCAUAUACCUCAGGUUGAACAAAAUCUGACUUGAGUUGUUUGAUGCAUACCUGUAAGCACACACAGGGUGGCAAAGGCUUCACCUGUGAUCCAGCUGCUUCAGAAGUUUUGAAAUGAUGUAAAUAUUUUGUAGGGUUAAGUUAAAUAAAGGUGUCAGUUCUUCUGGCAAUGCA